CCCUCAUCACACCUCAGUCCCUCACCAUAGACAAGAAACCACUCUAGCAUGGCCUCUGGCCACCAAAGGAUCCCAGUCUGGCUGGAUUGCGACCCAGGACACGAUGAUGCCUGCGCCAUAUUGCUCACAGUCUAUCAUCCAUCCUUGGAUCUGCUGGGUAUCAGCACCACUCACGGCAAUGCUCCGCUCUCCAAGACAACGCUCAACGCUUUAAGUGUCUUGGAAGCCAUUGGACAUCCUCAGACACCAGUGGUUCCAGGCGCUCACAAUCCAUAUUGUCGAAGUGUGCAUCCUGCCACGGACAUCCACGGCGAGUCAGGGCUUGCGGGCACAGAUUUGUUGCCCAACCCGCAGCGGAAAGCUUUGACUCAUUGUAUUGCCAUCAAUGAAAUCUAUGAAGCAUUGAUUUCGACACCAGCGGGAACAGCAUGGCUUGUCGCCACUGGACCGCUUACCAACACAGCGCUACUAUUUGCCGUCUACCCUUCUCUCGCGACACACAUUGCCGGCAUCAGCAUCAUGGGCGGAGCCAUUGGCAACGACUUUACCCACGUCACCAUGGGACCACCCUAUCUUGAUGCACAAGGCCAGACUCACGAACGGAUUGGCAACGUCACCCCAUUCGCCGAGUUCAACAUUUGGGCGGAUCCUGAAUCUGCACGCAGCGUCCUCACCAACCCCGUCCUCGCUGCCAAAACCACACUGAUCCCACUCGAUCUGACUCAUCAAGCCUAUGCCACGGCAGAGAUUCAAGACAUGCUCCUCAACGGCGUCAAUGGCCCAACCAGACUACGAACCAUGUUUAACGAGCUCCUCAUGUUCUUUGCCCAUACCUACGCCGAGGUUUUUGGGCUAGUUGAGGGCCCCCCCUUGCAUGAUCCGCUCGCUGUAGCGGUCCUGUUAGCCGAUCAUGUGGACUCGAAUGCUCAAAUAGCAUUUUAUGAUAACGACGGCGAGAGGUGGGAUGUGGAUGUCAUCCUCGAAGGCGAGCAAGUUGGGAGGACCACCGCCAUAAAGGCCAAAACCGGUAAAGGGGUAAGAAUUCCACGAGCGUUGGACUGUGGCAAAUUUUGGUCAACCCUCGAAUCAUGCAUGGCUAAAGCUGACGAGGCUACGAAUUUUGUGAAAUGAUUGGCAUAGACCACACCUACUGAUUACUAGGCAUAGACCCGUAAAUCAAGAAGAG